UCUUGACGCUCACAUAUUCUACGCCCUCCAGUGUUCGUUAGUCGGUUUAUCCAGUCAGAUCGGAGAGUGACUUAAAUCAUGGCCAGCAUCGUAUCGCGAUUCCUCAAACGCCGUUUCACACUUGCAGCAUUGUCCAUAAUUUUAUACUGGAUACUUUCAUCGCCGUACAACACGUUCGAAACCGAAAUCGUCCUGCACGGGACCAAGCCGGAAGUCGUGUGGGAAUACGUGGCCGAUUUCAGCAAAAUGAAAACCCUGAAUCCCACCAUCUUGGAUUUCAACAUUGUGAAAGAUCACGGCAACGUCCAUCACUGGCAGUACUCGGUAGAGUAUACGGAACGACUGUCCCACUGGCCGUACUCGAAAAACGUAGCACUUGGCCAUUUCUCCGUGCGUAAGCUACCGGAAGCAGAGGGCGGACAGUAUUCUGUGGCUUCAACUCAUAAAACCUGCUUUCUUUUGGGACUGUUUUGCUUAAACUCUGAAGGCGAAUUCAAGAUAUCGUACCUCAACGAGCACGACACAUACUGCCAGGAGACUGUGAAAUAUCAGUGUCCGUUUUUGUUUGGACGAUUCUGCCGGCGAGAAGUGGAAUAUCAGCGAACGGCCAUCAUGGGAAACCUGCAAAAGCAUUUCAAAGUAAAAACGCAUUGAAAAGUUAGUGAAUUUUUUGCCAUUCUUAAGUUUAGAUGAAAUAAAAUAAUUUUGAUGUUUAAACUAUUUCGAAAUAGCUUGAAGUUGAA